UCUGGUAUUUUGCAACUGUAUCUAGCUCACGAAAAUGGCAUUAACUGCUAAAAUAAAACUACUGCGGAUCCUGUCGGUGGUUCAAUGCUGUAUUGCAGUGUGGUUAGUGGUGCUUGGAAUCGUGGAACGCGUUCGCGUUAGAUGGCAACAGAGUGGAUUAGGAAUGCCUGUUUGGUUUGGAAUUUGGGUAAGAAAACACGAAAAUUGAUCCUUAUUAUGUGGAAAAAUCUUAUUUUGUUUGGAGUUUCAUCGUAGAUUUCAGUUUCAGUGAAAAAGAAAAAAAAAGAUAAUGAGUAAUUAACUGUACGUUGCUUUGAGAAGUUUUAUAACUUGUGGUUUAAAUCAGGAUGACAAUGGAUAUCAAUUAAUCGAUCAAUAGGUAUCCCGUGACUUCGUUCUGGAAUAGUCAGUUCGUUCCUCUUAAUAGUCAGAUCGUUCCACAAUUCAGUCAAAACUAAUUUCACGAGUCUUAAAGCCUUGGUGUUACCCGAUUGUAUACCUCGUUCUUUAAGCCAAGAAGCAAAAUAAAUAAAUAAAUAAAUUCCACAUUAGUUGAAAAAAAAAAAUACUGCACUUUGCCUUCACAUCAAGUCUUACACUAAAACUGUGGAAUGACCUGGUCAUAAAGUGGAAUGAUCUUGCUUGGAAACAUCUUACCAUGGAACGAAGUGACCAUAAACCAACCAACACAGCGGAGUCUCUCACAAGUGACCACCAUAACAAUGUGAAGAUUAAGUGGUCGCUUUUGGGAGGUGGUCUCAUACUGUACGAGAGUCAACAAGCAGGGGGUCUUUUCCGCGUUCUAACAGGUCCUAACUUAUUUGAUGUUUGGAAGAUAGUUAAAUUAUUGCAUGUAAAAUGUUUUGAUUGAUAAACAUUAUUGAUUGGGAAAGUUGUUUUGCAGGUUGUUGCAGAUUAUCACUGAUUAUCAAUUUCAGUGAUAUAAUCAAAUCACAAAGGGGCCACGGAGACCAUACUAUGUACACUGUAAGAUCGAGAACAGUUUUAAACGGACAGUGUCUUGAUUAUAUUAUUCAUUAUUGUGUUGUAUCUGGGAGACUCGCGUUAUUAUCGUGGGAGAGGUGACAUUAACAUAUUAAGUUGGUCAAACUUUAUUGUAACAUUAUUUUCCCCAGGGACAAAUAAGAGUGUUUUUAAUAGCAAUAUGAUUAUUACCAUGGUUGAUAAUAUGGAGGAGAGGUACAAGUUUAUCAUUAACGCAAAGUGAAUUUAUAUAUUGUUUUGCACUUUAUUUAUAGGUUGGCAUCACCGGUGCUUUUGGUAUUUUUAUCACCUUUAAACAUGUUCAGUACACGUCACAUGGUCCAGUCAUUCUUCAGCAUUUGGUAAGCAUCAUCAGAAAUUUCCAUUAAUUUUUUUUAUUAAAUAUAAAUUAAAAUGAUAUAGCCAUAACACCCAUGUUUUCAAAACACUUAGUAAACAGUCCUUAUAUAUAGAUACUUAAAAAUGAUUUUCCUUCAACUCAUGAAUUCCCUACUAUUUGAUACGUGUAUGCCUGAAGCCUAAAAAAGGGUACGUCUUUUAGGCAGAGCCCCUCUUUAUAUACCAUGAUAGGGAUUCCCCUUCCAAAAAUUCAAAUCCCUUUCAAAACAAAUCAGAACUCAGAAGCACAGGUAAAUUACUGGUUUGCACGUGACGUACGUCACGGUGACUAUGGUGGUGGUCAAGAACAAAAUCAUUCCUAUCCUCUGGGAACUAAACUCUAUUUUCAGGUAAAUUCUUCAAGAAAAAAUUCUAUUGUCUUGAUCCCCAACAUGGCCGCUUUUUCAGGUGGCUGCAAACCAAGAAUAGCAACUGUUUAUGCUAGCUAAUGAUACAGCAUUUAAGUUCCCUGUGAUACCUCUGCAUAGCUUACUGAAACAGGCCCUCUAGUCAGUUUGAAGUAUAUUAAUAAUUUUAAGGUCUUCUAGGAUUUCAAGGGAAGGCUGUUGUGUUAAUUAACCAGUAAUAGUAUACAGAUUGAACGAAUAUAGACUGCUGUGAUACAGCCCCUUGAAUUAAUUUCUAUUUAUAUUUCAUUUCUUUACCUUUACAAAUGCAGGCCGUGACCUUGAUGGGUUUCUCAUUGACAUGUGGUGUUCUCUCUGCCCUUCUCAUCUUCAAUUACUCACAUGAGCUGUCCAUUGCUUCCCAAAAGCAACUCAGAUAUUACACCCGCAUGGGGGAGGAGAAUUUUGUUUUACAAAACAUUCCUCUCAUACCAGAUGUAAAAUAUACCGAAGAGCAUACCCUUGUAGGUUUUAUAUUUGGAUUUACAGUUGUGGAGCUGAUUGUUGCGAUGUGGUCAGUGGCGAUCUGUCGUGUUAGCGACCAUCAGAAGUCACCCUCUGAGGAAGAGCGGGUAGGUUUCCUGACCCUCCCCACCCACUCAAUUUCUUUUAAAGGCAAUAUAUGUACAAACAGUUUUAUUCCUAACAUAAGCGAGCCCUUCUUGAAAGGGUGGAGGAGUAUGGCCCUAGCCGCCCCAUGUAAAGGAACCCAGGAAAUUUGUGCUUGUUGAAUCUGGAUUCCUGGGCUUUGGAAUCCAGAAUACAGCUCGAGGAAUCUGCAAUCCCACUAAUGUUUGUUCCACUGAGGAAAACUAGAAUCCAGUAUUUGGAAUCCGGAAAUAUCCAUGGCAUGGAAUCCAGAAUCCAAGACUGCCAUUGCUUCCCUUACAUCAGGCAACACUAGUCUGAAUUUCAAAACCUGUUGUUUCAGAAAGAAACAGAAGAAAGCCAAAUUCCCUAUCAAUAUUUUUCUGUUAUGGUUUCGCUGCACUGGUCGACCAUGUAGUCGCCAGUGCAACUCCGUGGUAACAGGUUUACUGACUCCUUGGAGGAUUUGAACUGUACUGUAUAUAUUUGCCCUUAUCUUCAUUUGCUGUCGUAAUUUCAACCCAUUUUUGUUUCAUUUGUCACCAUUUUAUAUUUCUUAUGUUACUUUUUUAAGGCCAUGUCACUUGUUGAAAUUUUAUUCCAACAGGGUGCCACUUGUCAAAGCAAAAAAGAUUCACAAGAAAAUUCAAUUUUUUUUUUUGUGAAAUCCUUAAAAGUAAAUAUGACCUUAUUUCAAAAAUUCCACCUAAGAGGAAACUCAUUUGAAUGGUAGCAACAUAGGAUUUUGUUGACCCACCAAUUUAAAAGUAAGGUUUAUAAAUACAUGUGGUUUCACCGUACAUGUGACUUAGUUAAGGGGUCAAAGACUUAAGGAGGGAAUUAAAAAUUCAGAGUUAUGUCGCAAAUGUCAAAUCAAUGAUCAACUCAGUUGAUAAAAUCAAAUUUUGGGUACCAGUCCACUGAUGCAACAGCGCAGCCGGUUUGUAUUGAAACUAACGCCAUCACUUGUGGGCAUGUUUGACAUACCCUUUCAUUUGAGAUAAAAGCCUUCCUAGAAGAAAAGGUUGAGAAAAAUAUCCUGAUUUGUCAGUGGCUAGCAGAUGGCUGAGGCAAAUAAUUGAUCUGUGAGACACUGACAAAUCGUGAUAUUUUGCGAUAACCGAGUUCAAAUGUUUUUUUCCAUUCGAUCACCGAGUUUGUUUUUUAAUGAAUAUCUUUGGCAAGCGAAGUGAUCUGCCAUUUUCACGCAAGAGCGAUUGCAAGAAGGAGAAAAGCACGGUUUCAUUUACACAUGAGCAGAAUGUUAUUUGCAGCCAAUUUACACAGUAGGACGAAAUUGCACACGAGCAGACCAUAAUUUGUAGGCAGUAAUUUGCAGGUCACGUGCAGGACUCGUGGCUAAUGAAACGGAAGAAACAUUCGCAUCCAACAAUAAAAAUGGUUAUUUGUAGAGUGAAAUAAUUACAUUUUUAAUGGUCGUUUUUUGUGCAUUUUAUUUUUCUUUUUAGUGUGAAACUCCACUGAUCGUGUCACCAAGUUCUCAAGAACAAGGAGGCCAAAGUGUGGCCAGUAGGUUUGGAUAUACAGCCGGAAAUGCCUAG